CAAGGUUGAUUGGACCCCAAGCAGGAAGGGAUCUCCCGCACCGCCGCGCACGGUUCUCUACACCGCCCCCGCGCGGCCUCCCCAAUUAGUCGGUUCCCUCUCAGUCAGUGCUUGAUUUCCAGCCUCUGAGUUGAUCCUUAACUCGGUUGCCUUCCUUCCAAGAUCGACUUUUUCGAGGACUUGUUUCCGUCUUGGAAGCUCCUAAUCCCUCUACUGCAGCGCACUUCUUCGAGUCUAGAUAGCUUCACAUGAGAGAAAUCCGACUGAACUAGAACUAGCUUGAACGUUUUGUGUGUCUCUGGAAGCGUAGUGGCGACGCUGACUGCAGUCACUUUGGUGACAGAUUGUUGCUACACGGAGAUUAUGAGAGAAAGAGAGAGCCAUGUGGUAACACAUUCAUUUUGGGUUGUGGGGGUUUAGAUCGUCAUGGUAAAAUGUGAGUUCCUGUGAUUGAGGUUUGGAGGAUGCAGGGCAGUACACAUUGGUAGCUGAAUGGCGAUUGAAAGUUCUUCGCAUUCUUAUGUUUUUCAGAUGGGUGCGGAUAUUGGUCUCAAAACGGGGUUGUAUUUGUACUCGUCAUGAUCGGCGUGGUGCUAGCUUCUGCUGUCGGCGGAGAGCCUUUGUGGUGAUUGGUCAUGGCCGAGGCGUUGACCUCGUUGAGUGGCGAGGAUCCAUUUUUGGAGGUGAAAGCUAUUUCGAGGAUCGUAUUAUCGAAGUCCACUCGCGAACAUGAGGAAUCCUACAAAAAUGAGAUAACAAUUGGGCGACGUUUUCACACGCUAGGUGUCCCGGGAAUGGACCAGGCGAAGACUCCUGUUAGGCACAGGUCAUUGCAAUAUCGCAAUUCUAAGAAGAAUCCAACAGCAGAAACUCCUAGUUCUCGUCCAACGACGGUGACGAAUCUAUGUCACAGCGAUUCAAAGCAUCUGAUGUCAGAAAGUCCUGGCGGUCGUCCGAAGAGUGCAACACACUUACACCCUUUGCAAGCGUCUAUCCCUGGAUCUGCAAAGACUGCGAAGUCUCCUCGUAAACCUAAAGGGGAAGACAUAUGGAGCAGUGAAGAAUGGGAAACAAAGAGCAUGACCACCAAGAAGACUGGGAUAUGCAAGUGUAUGGCAGGAGCAGCAGCUGAUUGCACAGCGGUGUGCUGCUGCCCUCUUUCUCUUCUACACCUCUUAGCGCUUGCGUUCAUCAAGCUGCCUUCUACAGUUGCCAUCCGGACCCUCAGGAAGAUGAAAUCCAAGCUUCGCAAGAAACAGAUGCGUCAAGAAUUAACUGAUGACGAUAUGGGUCCUAUAACACCAUUCACGCCUUCUCUUUCAUGCGGAGAGACUCUGGAUGAAUUGCCUUGGGCACCAUCUGCAGGAUUUGCAGAUUCUCGGAUGUGGCAAGAGUACUUCGGCUCGGAAGCUUCGGACUUUUCAAACCAUUCGACGAUAUAACUCAUGUUGCUCAGUACCAAUUUUUUAAAUUUUGUACAGUGCAAUGUGCGCACUGAGGAUUACUAGACACUCUGAAUUUUCCAUUUGACAGUGCUCACAAAGGUGGCUCUUUCGCUCUUGCCCAGGUUUAGCUUUGAAUUGUCUUGUGUGUAUUUAUUGUGUCAAGGUUGAUGACAUGUGAGUGUUCUGGUUGGAUUUUCUCAUGUCCAUUUUGAUAUUCUAGCCAAUCUCACUGGAUUUGUAAGCACUUGUGGCCUUCUAUUCAAUCUUAAUCAAUGACCAUAAUAAGUUCAAAUAUGGUUUUCCAACUUUAA